AUGCCUGGCUUCCGGCGAAUAAUGGUUCAAGAGCCAAUUCCAAUGCCCCCACCAUUGCCUCUCUGCCCUGGUUCCAGUUUGCCUCGUCAAAAUUGCCUGGGGCGCAUAUCCAGGCACCAUUCAGCUGAGGCAGAUCCUUUGGUGGUACUAUCUCGUGCUGCUAUCGGAGAGUUUGAGUCUAAUUCAGCCGUUCCCAACUCUGACCAACUACUUCCAGGACUCUCGAGUGCACUGCCUACUGGGCCUUUGACAUUGCGUCGGCCUGGAUGGAUAACUUUCGAACCGAUGUCUGCUAAGCAGUUAAACAGUAUCCGAGAUCAUCUAGUUUCCAGGGCCCAGGAGGCUGUCUCUGCGCAGCUGCCACAAAGUGCUGCCACUAUCAUUGAACUGGGGGCUUCCGUGGCUCCCCUUACAACUGGACAGUCUCCGUCUCCAAAGCAAGUUCAAUCACAACAGAAUCUACUCCAAUGCCUUCGAUCUGCUCGUGUGUUGGCAUCACCUCAGCUGGGAGUGGAUGAUAUCUGUAGUACUGGAGGUUUGGAAGAAGAAUUGCGACAUAUUUUGAAGGCCAUUCCGACUGUCUGGUGGUGGUGGUGGUGGCCUGGCAAUUGGUGGUCCGACGAAACUGAUCAGGACAAGCGAGCCGCGGUCUCUACAAAUAUUAACAAUAUGACUGGGAAUGUAACCAAACGACGACAUAGAUCUUGGUCAAAAUCCUUUGUGAUGGGUCUAGCCAAAGCUGGUAGGCGAGUCUGGUUUAUCUUGUUCUCAACUUAUGUUAUUUUGUCGAAGAUAUGA